AUGAAACGUCGUUCAUCUAGACUUUCGGUAAAGCGACAUUCAUCUGGGACUUUAUAUGAAGACACAAUUGAAAAUAUUGACAAAGAGAAUGAAUUCUUGGGUAAUGGAGAUGGCGUGCUUCCACUCUCUGCGAAACGCCGUGCAUCAGCUUCCCAUUGCAAUAAGCGAUCUUCGCUGAUCUCCACGACUUCUGGCAUCUCCAUAGCAGUGGAACAAACUGAAGACGAUGAUACUGACGAUAAGAGUUAUAAAACUAUCACUCCUCCUGCUAAAGACAAAUAUCUCGGUUUCAGCUACACUGGAGGCAUCUCUGGAUUCUACAAACACUAA